AUGAACCAAUAGAAAAUAAAGCUCUUCUAGAAGGCAUUCAAUAAUUCUACUAUAAGAUCAUUUCAUAAACCAAAUAAACCUCACAUUGAAUAUCACCCUGCUUAAGUUGGAGUCAACUUUUAACCAAAAGAAAUUUCCUAAGAAGAAAUCCUUAAAACAAUUGAUCCCAAAGCAAUGGUAAGGAAGGAACCUAGUUAUGAGUACAAAGACAUUCCAAGAGAUGGUGAGGAGUUAAAUGAGACUCAUAUCAUGCAUUUUAUGUAGCCUUUCCCAGACAUAUCAAACGAUAUUGGAAAAGAAUAUGGAUUCAAAAUUAAAGGAUUGGAACCGACUAGAUUUGGAGACUGGGAAAGAAAGGGAAGAUGCACUGAUUUCUGA